AUGGACCAACCAGUCACCCUGCUCCAUGGUCCAUCUCUGUAUGAUGCCCCACCUGACCACUGUAUGCUGACACUAGACCCACCAGUCAGCCUGCUCCAUGGCCAGUCUCUGUAUGAUGCCCCACCCAGCCACUGUAUGCUGACACUGGACCCACCAGUCAGCCUGCUCCAUGGUCCAUCUCUGUAUGAUGCCCCACCUGACCACUGUAUCCUGACACUGGCCCAACCAGUCAGCCUGCUCCAUGGCCAGUCUCUGUAUUACCCCCCACCCAGCCACUGUAUCCUGACACUGAACCCACCAGUCAGCCUGCUCCAUGGCCAAUCUCUGUAUGACGCCCCACCCAGCCACUGUAUGCUGACACUGGACCCACCAGUCAGCCUGCUCCAUGGUCCAUCUCUGUAUGAUGCCCCACCUGACCACUGUAUCCUGACACUGGACCAACCAGUCAGCCUGCUCCAUGGCCAGUCUCUGUAUGACGCCCCACCCAGCCACUGUAUCCUGACACUGAACCCACCAGUCAGCCUGCUCCAUGGCCAAUCUCUGUAUGACGCCCCACCCAGCCACUGUAUGCUGACACUGGACCCACCAGUCAGCCUGCUCCAUGGUCCAUCUCUGUAUGAUGCCCCACCUGACCACUGUAUCCUGACACUGGCCCAACCAGUCAGCCUGCUCCAUGGCCAGUCUCUGUAUGACGCCCCACCUGACCACUGUAUGCUGACACUGAACCCACCAGUCAGCCUGCUCCAUGGCCAAUCUCUGUAUAACGCCCCACCCAGCCACUGUAUGCUGACACUGGACCCACCAGUCAGCCUGCUCCAUGGUCCAUCUCUGUAUGAUGCCCCACCUGACCACUGUAUGCUGACACUAGACCCACCAGUCAGCCUGCUCCAUGGCCAAUCUCUGUAUGACGCCCCACCCAGCCACUGUAUGCUGACACUGAACCCACCAGUCAGCCUGCUCCAUGGUCCAUCUCUGUAUGAUGCCCCACCUGACCACUGUAUCCUGACACUGGACCAACCAGUCAGCCUGCUCCAUGGCCAAUCUCUGUAUGACGCCCCACCCAGCCACUGUAUCCUGACACUGAACCCACCAGUCAGCCUGCUCCAUGGCCAAUCUCUGUAUGACGCCCCACCCAGCCACUGUAUGCUGACACUGAACCCACCAGUCAGCCUGCUCCAUGGCCAAUCUCUGUAUGACACCCCACCCAGCCACUGUAUGCUGACACUGGACCCACCAGUCAGCCUGCUCCAUGCCCGAUCUCUGUAUGACACCCCACCCAGCCACUGUAUGCUGACACUGGACCGACCAGUCAGCCUGCUCCAUGGCCCAUCUGUAUGA